AUGGGUGGACUUCCUUUGUCUGGUUGUCUCCUUGAAGGAUCUCGUCUGCCGCCCGAUGUGCCACCACGAAACCCGACCAUGUCUCGGCUGAACGGCCGCAUCACCGGCAACCCCGCUGACCUGGCGGACUUCGAGCCCUCGUGGGACAUACAAAAGAAUCCGUCUAUGGAUUACAAAUCGAACUCUUCGUGUAGUAGUCCGGGCAAACAAGACAAGAGCACGUUAGAGAGGAUGGACCGGGAGCGCGCGCACCCGGCGUUUGGUGCGCCCGUACCCGUCCUGCCCGUUCGAAACAACCUGCGUGCUUCCCACUUUCCCCCCACAGCAUCGCGCUUCCAUUUCAGGAAGGGACUGUCCUCUAGGUGCUCUUGGAAGUGCACUGCUAUAGUGUUUAUAAUUCUUUUCGUACUUUUAUUAGCCAUUGCUUCAUAUAUGACAGCCUCAUACUUUGUGAACUGGUCAUAUCAGACUUCGAAAGCGUGUACAGUACUAGUUGGUGAAUCUACAGAAAUGUUUUCAGCAUCUAAACCGACGACGAUCGAAUCAAAUAACAAAUCUCUAGCGAGACCGCACCAGAGCUCGUCUGCAUCUGGCUCAGGUAAUAGUGACAAGCACUUACGCCCACGUAGAAGUGUAGAUGGGCAUGCUUCUUCUUUAUCACCUUCUGUAUCUUCCAUGGAUUCUUCCAUUAAUGUAGAUAUGCAUGAACUAAACACUACGCCUUCUGUGAGCACCAGUAGAUCCUUGCAUGGUGUGGCUGUGUCGUCAAAUGACGUAACCAGUGUCAUUCAGUCAAAUCAAGAAAACAGGGAAGGUGCUAACAGCGCUUUUGUGUCUAAUAACGCUUAUGACAGUGGUGAGCUUACGGUUUAUAACACUGGGCUUGAAACAUCAUCACAUAGCAGUGAUUCAUAUACCAGAGAAAAUUCCGCUAAUUCAAAAGCAAUAGUUGACCAAUCUUCUCAGUCAACGCCUCUUGCGAUCUUGAGCACCACAGUUGAACAACCACUAGAAAUUCCGCGAUUAACGGUGGAAACCGAAAAUUCUAAAGACAUUGCCUAUGAUCCCGUGGCUAUGCAAAAUGAUGGGCUGCCUUCAAUUUAUUCUUACGGCAUACAAAAGCUUCAAUAUCUUAAACUUCUCAAUAGAUUCAAUGAAGUAAACGAUGACAUUCAUAUUUCCAUUGACGAGUCAACUGAUGUUGAAUUAAAUAAAGUACAACAUGAUAGCGACAAUAAUUCUUCUAAGGACACCAGACAUUUUCCUCAGAUAGUUACCAUGGCACCGAUUACUACAGUCAUUCCAUUAACAAAUACAUUAAAAACAGAAGAAACUAGUACAGUGCCUUUAACAACGACUUUUUUAAGCAAGCAUGUUGAGACUACCACUUUUAAUUCUACACAAACAAUACAGAGUGUCACUAAUUCUAACUUAUUAAAUAGUACGAUCACAAGCAAACCUAUAGAAACAACUACUGCAGAUAGUACGAUCACAAGCAAACCUAUAGAAAUAACUACUGCAGACGAAAACGAUGCUGUAAAUAUUGCUACUGAAACAAAAUUUCCCGAUCCCAUGUCUAACACAAAACACGUGUUAAUUAACCUUACAAUUUCUGCUGAUGGAGCCGAUAGUGCAACAUAUAAGCCCCUUUAUUCUCUAACAGUUAAAGUUCCUACAGUUGGCGAUAGUAAUGAAAUACCAACUGUCAAAAUCACACCUCUGGACGUUGAACCAACUGCACCUACAAAUUUCAACAAUAAUGUUACUUCCGAUGACAGUACGACUAAAGAAAAAUCAGACAAUACUGAAGAUGGCUGGGGAGGAACUUGUGAAUGCUCAUGUCCUGUAUGCGAAGAAACUAAUAAUGAUGACUUCUAUGUAGAUUACACUGAAAAGUCUGAUACUGAAGCAACUGAAUCAUCGUCUCAAAACCUCAAUGAAAGUGAAACAACAGAAUCUGUAACUACUUAUACUCUAGAAAGUGGUUCUACGGAAACGCUUAUAGAUUACACAACAACAGAUAUAAAAACGACAGCAACCGAAGAUAAUAUUAUAGAUAUAACUACUGAGUCGAAUUUUGAAACAAUGACUACAACAUCAGUUUCAGACUGUUUGUGUCCUAAGGUUAAGCCCCCGCCUAUUCUUAUAUUGGAAGGUGCGCGAACGUUUCCCGCACAAACGUUCCCGCCAGAUGGAACAACAUUCAUACAAAUUAAUUUAGGUGAAAAAUUAUCUAAAGAAAUCCCUCCAUAUAGUUACUGGAACAUGCAGUUCUACCAAUCAGAAGCUUCAUAUGUUAAAUUCGACUACAUGAUUCCUAGAGGAGCAUCAAUAGGUGUGUACGCGAGAAGAAACGCGUUACCAACCCAUACUCAGUACCAUUUUUUGGAAGUUCUCAGUGGAUUUAAAGCAAGAACAACGAGAGCCUCACAUUCGUCAGUGAAGAAGGAAAUGACUCACUAUAUGGAACAAGGUCACUGGUUUCUUUCUCUUUACAAUGAUGAUGGCGAUCCUCAAGAAAUUUCAUUUAUAGCUAUCAUGGCUGAGGAUAUGACUCAUAAUUGUCCAAACGGGUGCUCCGGCAAAGGUGAAUGUCUUAUGGGGCACUGUCAAUGUCAACCUGGUUUCGGUGGUGAUGACUGCAGUGAAAGCGUCUGUCCAGUCUUAUGUAGUCAACGUGGAGAAUACAUCAAUGGAGAGUGCCAAUGUAAUCCCGGAUGGAAAGGAAAAGAAUGCUCUUUGCGGCAUGAUGAGUGCGAAGUUCCAGAUUGCAAUGGGCAUGGUCACUGCGUCAAUGGAAAGUGUUCUUGUGUUCGCGGCUACAAAGGCAAAUUUUGUGCGGAGGUUGAUUGCAUCCAUCCAACAUGUUCUGGCCAUGGAUUCUGUAUUGAAGGUGCUUGUGUUUGCAAGAAAGGUUGGAAAGGACUAGAUUGCGCGACCAUGGAUAAGGAUGCUCUUCAGUGCCUCCCUGACUGCUCUGGUCAUGGAACUUUCGACGUUGACACACAAACAUGUUCUUGUCAUGCAAGAUGGUCUGGUGAAGACUGUUCUAAAGAAGUAUGCGAUUUGGAUUGCGGACCACAUGGAAGAUGUGUCGGGGAAUCAUGUGUAUGCGAUCCUGGUUGGACUGGUGAAUUCUGUACAUCUAAACUCUGCGAUGCUCGCUGCAGCGACCAUGGUCAAUGUAAAAACGGCACUUGUCUUUGUGUGUCUGGUUGGAAUGGACGUCAUUGUACCCUUGAGGGGUGUCCACGAGGCUGCGCUGGACAUGGGCAAUGUAGAGUUGCAAAUGAUGGACACUGGGAAUGUAAAUGCUUUGAUGGGUGGGACGGACCUGAUUGUACAACGCUCAAGGAACAGAUUUGUGAUGAUUCCAAAGAUAACGAUAAAGACGGCCUAGUCGAUUGUGAAGAUCCAGAGUGCUGCCAUAGUGCUUCCUGCAAAGGCAGUCAGCUGUGCGUUUCAUCACCCAAACCUACAGACAUUCUACUAAGGAAACAACCGCCUGCAAUCACCGCUUCCUUCUUCGAAAGGAUGAAAUUCCUCAUCGAUGAAGGUAGUCUGCAAAACUACGCUAAACAGGAGACUUUCAAUGAAAGUCGCUCAGCGGUGAUCCGUGGUCGUGUGGUAACAUCAUUGGGAUCAGGACUAGUCGGCGUGAGGGUAUCAACAUCUACUCCACUCGAGGGCUUUACACUGACUAGGGAAGACGGCUGGUUUGACCUCCUCGUCAACGGAGGAGGUGCUGUUACUCUUCACUUCGGACGAGCACCGUUUAAGCGUUCCUCACAAGUUGUCUUCGUGCCGUGGAAUGAGGUGGUUAUCAUAGACGAAGUGAUAAUGACGACUUCAGACGAAAAGGGGGGCAUGGGACCACCUCAAGCGUGUCUAGCUCAUGACUACGACGCUAUGAAACCAGUAGUGUUAGCGACAUGGAAGCAUGGUUUUCAAGGUGCCUGUCCGGACAAGAGUGCUAUAUUGGCAGAGUCUCAGGUUGUUCAAGAAAGUCUUCAAAUACCUGGCACAGGGCUCAAUCUGGUCUAUCAUAGUUCGAGAGCAGCCGGCUACCUUUCGACUAUUCAACUCCAGCUCACACCAGAAAAAGUACCACCUACUCUCGCCCUCAUCCACUUGAGGAUAACCAUCGAAGGCAUACUAUUCGAAAAGACGUUUGAAGCAGAUCCGGUCAUCAAGUUCACCUAUCCUUGGAAUAGACUCAACGUAUAUAGACAAAGAGUAUAUGGAGUCACCACAGCUUUAGUAAAAGUAGGAUAUCAGUACACCGACUGUAAGGACAUUAUUUGGAAUGUGCAGACCACUAAACUCAGUGGUCACGAUAUGAGUAUAUCCGACGUCGGUGGAUGGAACUUAGACAUUCAUCACAGAUAUAAUUUCCACGAAGGCAUUCUCCAAAAGGGCGAUGGCGCAAAUAUAUACUUGAAGCACAAGCCUCGACUCAUUAUCACAGCAAUGGGCGACGGCCGACAGCGUGCAUUAGAAUGCGGAGGAGAGUGCGCCGGAGCUGCGGCCAAGCAGCGACUGCUGGCGCCUGUAGCUUUAGCAGCGGCCCCGGAUGGAUCCAUUUUCGUAGGGGACUUCAAUCUCGUCAGAAAGAUAGGCACAGACGGGACGGUACGCACGGUGGUGAAACUGAAUGCCACCAGGGUGUCGUAUCGGUACCACAUGGCGUUAUCACCACUUGACGGCACCCUUUACAUCUCCGAUCCAGAGUCGCACCAGAUAAUAAAAGUCCGCAACACUGAUGACUACAGCGACCCCGAACGAAACUGGGAAACUGUCGUAGGUUCGGGAGAGAGGUGCCUUCCUGGCGACGAAGCUCAUUGUGGCGAUGGGGCCUUGGCUAGAGACGCAAAACUAGCGUAUCCCAAAGGGGUUGCUGUAUCUAUUGACAACGUACUAUACUUUGCCGACGGCACGAACAUUCGAAUGGUAGAUCGAGACGGCAUAAUCACUACCGUCAUAGGAAAUCAUAUGCAUAGGGCCCACUGGAAGCCCAUUCCGUGUGAAGGCACAUUGAGCGUUGAAGAAGUUCACUUACGAUGGCCUACGGAACUCGCCAUAAACCCCUUAGAUAACAGUCUGCAUAUAAUUGAUGAUCAUAUGAUUCUACAAAUGGCUCCAGAUGGCAGGGUGAAAGUGAUCGCGGGUAGACCGUUACAUUGUCCAUCGCCGUUAACUGGGUAUGAUAUGGAAUUGGCCACAUAUGCUACUUUAGUAAUGCCUCAAAGCAUUGCUUUUGGCGCCGCCGGAGAUCUAUACGUAGCUGAGAGCGAUUCGCAAAGAAUCAACCGUGUUCGCCUUAUUACUACCGACGGAAAGAUUUCUCUAUACGCUGGUGCUGAAUCUAAAUGUAAUUGUCUAGAAAGAGGUUGUGACUGUUUUGAAGCUGAUCAUUUCUUAGCUUCCAAUUCAAAGUUCAACACUAUUUCGGCCGUCAUCGUAAGUCCUGAUGGCAUAGUUCAUAUCGCAGAUCAGGCAAACUAUAGGAUUCGCUCUGUCAUGGCGAGUAUCCCCGAUGCAAGCGGAGCGAGAGAAUAUGAAAUAUAUUCACCUGACACGCAAGAGAUAUACAUUUUCAAUAGAUUCGGACAGCAUAUAAUGACGAAGAAUAUUUUAACCGGAGAAAAUAAUUAUGUAUUCACGUAUACAGUAAAUACGAGUAAUGGCAAAUUAAGCACAGUAACCGAUGCCGCCGGCAACAAAGUGUUCCUAUUACGUGAUUACUCUAGUCUAGUGAACUCGAUAGAAAAUACGAAGGGCCAGAAAUGUAGAUUGCGAAUGUCCAGGAUGAAAAUGCUUCAAGAGUUACGAACACCGGAUAAUUUCAACGUUACUUUCGAUUACCAUGGUGCAACUGGAUUACUAAAGGCCAAAUACGAUAGCACUGGAAGAAGUUACAUCUAUAAGUAUGAUGAAUUUGGCAGAUUGACAUCCGCUGUAACACCAACGGGUAGAAUUAUCAAUCUUACGUUUGAUCUCAGCCUCAAAGGUGCUACAGUACUCGUCAGUGAAAAUAACAGAAAACCGGUUUCUAUACUUAUAAAGGGAUCCUCAGUUAGAACUAAAGUAGGGGAAGCUGAGAAGAAAACUAUAAUUUCAACUGAUGGCAGCAUAUCUUCAAGUAUGCCAUGGGGUCAUAUCAUCUCUACUGAUACCGUUCCGUAUACAAUCUUAUCAGAAAUAGACCCGAUUUUGGGAGAAAGCUACCCAGUGCCAGCAAAGCAAAGGACAGAGGUAGGAGGCGACCUUGCUAAUCGAUUUGAAUGGCGGUACUUCUUACGCAGGUUGCUUUCAAACAAGGGAAAGUCAAGCAAAGCUGUAGCACAGAUUGGUCGCAAAUUACGCGUCAAUGGCGAAAAUCUGUUGACUCUUGAAUACGACAGAGAUACUUCAACUGUAGCUGUAUUUAUGGAUGAUAAAGUAGAACUUUUGAAUGUCACUUACGAUAGAACAGCGAGACCAGUCAAAUGGGGACCUAGAAGCGGCAUCUUUGCUGAAGUAGAACUUGAAUACGAUCGAUUCAAUAGGCUCACGCGGUGGAGUUGGGGAGAUCUAAAUGAAACUUAUGUUUUCGAUAGAGCUGGAAGACUACACGAGAUACGAUAUGGCGACGGAUCUUCUCUAGCUUAUUCCUUCCGUGACAUGUUCACGAGUCUACCAUUAAAAGUAACAACUCCAAGAGGUAGCGAUUAUCUUCUAGAUUAUGAUGACUCCGGUGCUCUUCAAAACCUCACAACACCUCGAGGGCAUAUCCAUACAUUCGCUCUUAUGACAUCACUUGGUUACUUCAAAUACCAAUACUUCUCACCAAUGAACAGGCAUCCAUAUGAAAUUCUAUAUAAUGAUGACGGGCAUAUUUUGGCAAAGAUAUUCCCUCAUCAAUCAGGUAAAAUCUUGUAUGUUUAUGAUAGUACUGGAAAACUCGAAACCAUAUUAGCUGGAGCUUCUGCCAUUAGGUAUGUCUAUCAUGAAAACACGCAUCUUGUAAAGAACGUAGAAAUUACAGACCCUGAUUACGAAUUAAAACAAGAUUACAAAUACCACGCUGGAAUAUUGAAGGACGAAAAGAUGAAGUUCAAUUCUAAAAGUGGCCUUAACAAUGCCCACUUCAAAUAUCAAUACGAUGGCAACGCUCGACUUUCAACCAUCGAUGUGAAUAUAAACAGCAAAGAAAUGCCACAGUUGCGAUUAAAGUACAAUCAGAAUUUAGGUAGCCUCGAGGGUGUAAGCGAUUUGAGGAUAUUUAGAAACACUUUUAAUCGUUCUGUUAUGCAAGACACUAGCAAACAAUAUUUCACCAUUACAGAUUAUGACGACUACGGUAGAAUCAAAUCGAUACUAAUGAACAUUAAAUCCUUCGACGUAUUCCGACUAGAAUUAGAGUAUGAUGUAAGAAAUCGAAUCAAAUCAAAGAAAAUGAUGAUCGGUGAUACCACCUCGAACGAUAGAAUCAGUUACAACUAUGAUGGGCAUCUCAUGGAAGUAGUAGGCUCUGAGGAUGAUUGGAAAUAUGUGUACGAUGAAAAUGGUAACGUUAUCGGUGUUAUUGAACACGGUGAGAAACGUUAUCUGGGUUAUGACAUUGGCGAUAGAGUCGUUCAAUAUGGUGACAUCGAAUUCAGUAGCUACGAUGGUCGUGGAUUUGUUAUUAGACGAGGAGAACAGAAAUACAGAUAUAACUCACGUGGGCAAUUCGUUCACGCUUUCGAAAGAGAUAAGUUCCAAACAUGGUAUUAUUACGAUAACAGGAACCGAUUAGUUGCCUGGAAAGAUGACAAAAAUAACGUUACCCAGUUCUUCUACACUAAUCCUCAAACUCCAAAUCUAAUCACACAUAUGCAUUACCCGAAAGCUGAAAAAACUGUCAGAUUCUUAUACGAUCAAAGAGAUUUCUUAACUUGUGUUGAAACUGAAGAUUCACGGUUCUACGUUGCCACGGAUCACAAUGGCUCACCUCUAGCCGUCUUUGAUAUAAACGGAGAAAUCGUUAAAGAAAUAAAGAGAAGCCCAUUCGGAAAGAUUGUCAAAGAUAGCAAUCCUGGAUUCUACCUUCCUGUAGAUUUCCACGGAGGCAUAUUCGAUUACAACACAAACCUAAUUUAUUUGAACAACAGGCUGUACGAUCCGGUUGUGGGACAGUGGAUGACGCCCAGUUGGGAACACCUCGCGACAAAGUUGAGCCUUCCUACUGACAUUUUCAUAUACAGAUUCAAAAAUAAUGACCCUAUAAAUAGAAACCAGAAUGUUCCGUAUAUGACUAGCCUUGGAAGUUGGUUGAAACUGUACGGUUACGACCUGGACAAGAUGAUGGGAUCUAAAUACAUCACUAACAUGAUAUUCCAACCGAUGACAUCAGUAACUGCUCCUCAACUCGCUCCAGACUUCGGUGUGAUGUCCGGACUCCAAUGCAUCAUAGAAAAGGUUAACGACAAGCUCUCAGAUAUAGAUUUUGUACCAACGCCAUUACUAAAGAUGGAACCUAUCACGAGAAACUUGCUUCCGAGAGUAUCUUACAAACGCGGGGUAUUCGGCGAAGGAGUUCUCAUCUCCCGAGUAGACGGCAAAGCAUUUAUUAGUGUUGCCGAUGGCGCGAACAGUGUGGUAGAAGACGUAAUAACUACAGUUUUCAACAACUCGUACUUCCUCGACGUACACUUCAGCAUACAUGACCAAGACGUCUUCUAUUUCGUUAAGGAUAACUCCUUGAAAAUCAGAGAUGACAUGGAAGAGCUUAGACGAUUAUCGGGCAAGUUCAACGUAUCCCAAGAUGAAACUAAUGAUCAAGGCUUAGAGGUGCGAGUUCAUGCCGUCGGCAAAGGGUCAGCUCAGGCAGUUAUAGUACUCCGUUACGGCGUUGAUCCGGCACAAGAAAGGAUCAAACUGCUGAAACACGCGCAUAAACGCGCCGCGGCAAGAGCAUGGGAAAGAGAGAAGGCACUAGUCGCCGCUGGGUGGGAAGGGCGUGGUUCGUGGACGGAAGAGGAGAAGGAGGAACUGAUCUCGCAUGGCAUCGUCGACGGCUGGGCAGCCAGGGACGUUCACUCUGUAUCCAAAUACCCACAGCUGGCGGACGAUCCCGCCAACAUAGUGUUUGUCCGCGACGGCCGACGAAAACGAAGAAAGAGCGGACGAGCUCGCCAUCGCUCGUGACUCUAUUAACGUGCCAUAAACACGCCAUAACGCAUCCUGCACGUGAUGCCCGUCUCCACGUGGUGGCGGGUCUCACGAGUGGGAACUCUUGUAGGAUUUUAGUUCUUACUAUUUUUAUAGGACUGAAAUAUUUUCGAUGGUCUGCCUCGGUCGACGUUCGCGAUCGGCCGCGUGCUCCUGUGAUCGGUGUAAUUCUGUUAGUGUAUUAAGGUAAUGGGACUGAAUGAGGAUUACGAGAGUGAACGGAAACCGUCGAUUUAGGGUUCGAAUCGGGUAAGGUUAAGGGCGAUAUGUGCGCCGCCGUAGGAACUGUUGAGUACUCGUUUUUGUUGCUUCUUGUACUUAGGCUUAUGAUUUAUAACCCCUAUUGUAAGCUUAUUUUUGAUAAAUUAACCUUCAUUAGACUGAUUCGAAUCUCAUUUGAUGACUCACGACAGGGUACAGACUCAUAAAUAAAAUGAAAAAUGAAAUUAAUUAUAAUAAUAAAUAUAAUAUCUCUAACUGAGCAUAAUAAUGCAAACAAAAUACUCAAACGCGAUCACAAUUUACCUUUUUUUUAUUGAUAUUAUUUUACAAAAUAUUUUUAACUAUUAUACCCUUGCAUGUACUCAUAUACAUUCACCAUGUAGUCUUAUUUCACAAAUCGAUAUAUUCCUAUUACAUUUUAGCCAAAUAUUUCGUUCUACCCAUUAAAUUUAGAUAUUUGUAAAUAAUAAUAUUUUAUUCUUGUAGUUGUUCCUUUUUAAUGUUAGACCUAAGGUCUUUUUUACUUCGCAAUACUGUUUACAAUUUAAGCAAUAAUUUUAUAUUUUUUAUAUCGUCCAAUAGGUCUGACUCUUCAAAUUAAUGACCCCUACUUGUUUACUCGUAACACUGCGGGAUCUCGCGUCGCCAUUAAAUUUGCAGAGAUCAGAAAUAUGUAUCAUUUUUCGCCGUUUCGUUCGGAGCGACAGAGUUCUAAGUAGCCAUACACUAAUCUCGUAAUAGUAGAAAGGCCUCGUAAAUAGACAAAUAAAAUAUAUAAAAAGUACAGUCAACUUUAAUACGUACGUUCUGCAUGUGUUGUGCAAUAAUCGAACAGUAGGAUUUACCGUAACCAUUUAGGGGGCGAACUUCUCGCUGACUUAUUACAUUGCCUAUUAUAUAUAGACUGAACUAUGUUUUAUUUUAAAUAAGAUUGUAAACUUAAAUUAAGUAACCUAUUGCUAUUCAUUGUUAAUAUUUCAGCUGCAUACAUUCACAAAAGUGUAGUGUCUUCCGUUUGUUCUUAUUUUGUACUGGAGCUAGUUCCGCUGUCAUCAAGUAUUAAUUUGUGCUCAUAUAAAGUUAUACUAAUAAAAUAAUAAGUUUGUAUAAAUAACACAUAACUCAAUAUACCUAGUAUACAUGUUUACAUAUAAAAGUUGCAUGUUAAUUCAGUUAUAAGUCAACGAGAAGACAUUAAUAAACUGUAAUUAAAAAAGUAGUAUAAAUAGUAUAUAUGUCCAUAUGUGUCUCAUUUAAAUUGUGGUGUCUAUUCUGUGUUAGAGGUACUAAUUUAAUGCUAGUUGACUGAGUGGCUGGUGAUAUGAUGCGGAUGAAAUUUUUUACAAAAGAAAAAGUAUAUUGAAGGGAAAAAAAUUAAGCUAAUAUUCCCGGGUUCGCUACCGUUGACCCAACGCAUUGGUGAUAUUUUUGGAAAAUGUGACUAAACGAAGCAAUACAUUGUAAUGUAAUACGUCAUAAUUCUUUAUUUAGCAUAAAUAAGGUGUAAUUUUAUUUAAAUUAAUUAUUAUUAUUAUUAUAUAUAAAAAUAUCUAUUGUGAAUGUAGUUAUUGAUUUUGCGGUGAUAUAAACUAGAGCAGUAUAGUUAUCUUUUUUAUAAUGUAUAAAGAAUUCUAAUUUGUAAAUAGGUACUUAAUGAGAAUGUAAUCUGUAAAAAUAUUGUACAUAUCUUUACGCUUCUAUUAUUUAUAAUAUUAAAACGGUUAAGAUAAUUAGGAGUAUGAGAAAAAAAAAACAUUGUAAUAUAUCGCGGCAGUGGUCGGUCUUAUGUAGAAUACAACCCCUGUAAGUACUAUCCAUCCAUCGUUCGCUUGUGAGUUAAACGUUUUUCGAAUCUGUUAUUGGACCUCUUUAAACUGCUAGUCAUCUUAAAAACUAGAUGACAGAUCCACUGGUAAAUAUAUAUGUUCAUAUGUAACUGUUAUCGACGGUAAUUUGUGAGCUGUCGUUGUUCCUUCACACGAGUACAAUGUAGUCUUAAGAUGACUAUACACGUAACGACAUGCAUAAUGAACUUAACAUAUAUUUAUAAAGAAUUAAAAGUCCAUUGCCACUCCGGAGCAUUUUAGUAAAACAAGUUUAAUUAAUCGGAAGUCCGUUUUCAUCCGAUCAGAUUCCAGUUUUAUAAUAAACCCCUCUAUUAUUAUUAUAAUAAACUAGAAUAAUAAAUAAAUGAAAAUAAAUCAAAUAAAAAGUGAUUAUUUUUCAUUGUUGUUUUAAAGCGAUCGUAAUAAUAUAUGAAAAAUAAAAUACAAAAUACAUGUGGUCUCCAAGCCUGUAGUCACGUGUAUAGCCAUCUUUACACGCAAUAAUAUAGACAGUCGCACAUCAACAGACUUACCAUAGACUAAACUUCUAGAUUCUUAGAGCUUUGAUGCGGAACAUCACAAACUGCAUUUACGAAUUGUAGAAAUGAAUUCCUCGUGCUGCAUUUAUUUGUACUGUUGUAGAUACUGCGUUAGCUGUACGACUCGGUGAAUGAUAUUUCUACAUCCCAUACUGUUUUCUCAAAAAACUACAUACAACAUAUUUUUCAUAAUGCCUAUAAUUAAUUAUUCAGUAUAUUUAAAAAAACACUGUUUCAAUGUGUUUUUGUCAUUGUUGUCUUUGAUUUUGUCUCAAUAGGUACCAUCCAAAGUCCAUAUUACAAUAGUCUUAAAAUCCGUUUUAUAAUUUCUAUAUGGGCACUCGUUAUUAAAGCUGAGCAGAAAAGGAUCUUAAGACUGUAGCAAUAAGGCUUAUUAUUUGUUAUCAAAAUAUUAUCACCGAGUUUGGCAGUGAGACUUAAAUGUAUAGUUGCGGUUUGAAUACUCGAACUAUUCUUAAAAACAGUCUGAAAUUAAGGAAACUAAUAUAUCUCAUUUUAUAACGACAGUUUCCUAAUUAGCCUUAACUUUAGGAGAAGUGCGAGUGUUCGACCGAUAGUCUGCUAUACUCAGAUAUAUAGUCAGAAAGAGUGCGUGCUAUGAGUGACGAUGUAAGCAUGUACAAUAAUAAAUAUAGAAAGUAUUCAAAUGGAAUAUGUAAUAAAACAUUAAAACAUGUCUGCUCGUUUGAUUCCUAAAUGCCUACUACUAUGUUCCAAAAUACUUAAAAACCACUGUUACUAGUAGUAAUAAUAAUGACUAUACGUAUAAAAUAAAGAUAAACGUAAAAAUUGGGUCAUAAAAAAUUACGAAAUUAUAAUGUAGAAAAACAAAUUGUAAGCAUUACAAAAAUAAUUUAUUUAAAACCAAAUAUAUAUUUUACUGAAUAACAGCAACGAUUCAGCAUUAACUACAACAUUAAAUAUGGCCAAUAGUUUCUUAAAAUAAGGCAGUCGAGUUUCAUAAUCUCAAAGAUUUAAAAGUGCAAAAUUGUUUGAACGUAAGACAUUUUGCUUUCGAGCAGCAAUUUGACUUAGAGUAAAUCACCAAAUCACAGGGAAAUUGAUAAGUGCUUAUAUUCAAACAUUUUUACAUGUCAUCUACACUGUAAAGUUGCUGUUUAAUCUAGCUAAUUAUACAAUAAUACAGUGCUUAUUAACAACUAGUGAUAUGUAUCACGAAAUGUUAAAUCAAACUCUAAAACAGUCAAUAAAACCAAAUAUACAAAUUAACGACAACUAAAACAACUGUAGAAACAUAUUUAUAUAAAUUUAUUUUGUGACCAGUUUCAUUAUUGUGACAAAAUAUUUAAUACCUAGUUUUUCAUAUAAAAUAGAUUUAAUGAAAAUAUUAAAAUCGUAUUAACAAUAAGUUACUUACACUUAAUAAAAUACUCAUACUAUGUAUUUAUUUUUUUAAAUUAUGGCAUAAUUUUUGAUAGGAACAAUGACUGAAUAAUAAUAUAAUGUUUAAUGUAAAUGUUGAUGUUGAAUUCUUGAAUUUCGUAAAGUUUGAUGCUUUUUUGGAUUAAAAUAAAACCACAGCUUAACAGACGAUGACAAAGGUCAAAAAUAUAUUGAGUAAAAUCAACCGUCAUAACAAUAAUAAAAUUAUCUACGGUGGAUGACAAUUGAUGUUUGUAGUACGUCAGAUCGGUAGAUAUUGCCUUAUGAAGAAUGUGUAGGCGUUAACAUAUAAUAUUGAUGAAUAAUUGUAAACCAAACAUAUAUCAAUAUAUACUUUUUAAAUCAAAUUGGAAGAAAGUCUGCAAUAUAUGCCUACUUCUUAUAAAAUGGAAUGUCACUCUUUAAUAUGAAAUAUAGAAAGUGUUAUAAAAUUAUUUGUGCCUCGCCUUACUACUCAGUUUACAAUUUACUUCGCAAAAUUCUAAAGCCCUAUAAUAAUGAUUUAUUUAACAUAUACGUAUAAAACUAUUUCUUAGACACUAGCCGUGGGUUUUUAUGAAUCAAAGUAUUGUAUUGUAAAAAAAAUAUGUACAAUACAAUACUUUAUCCAGGUAUAGUACAUUUUUUAUCGAUUAAACAAAGGCUAAUAAAAAAUGAAAUUUUUCGAAUUUACGACCUUAUUAAACAAAACAGAAGCAAUAUUUGCAUACAAGAAAAAUUAAAAAUAUUCUAAGAAUUAUGUAAGUA